GCUCGCUCCGUCUCGCUCGUCAAAUCGCAGGGCAUUGUGGGGCGGAGGCGGCCUUUCUCUGCGUCCAGGCAGUCGGGAAAUCUUCAAGUAAAUAACGUUAACAGUGGCAGGAACAGAGCGAGCGCAGCCUGCGGAAAAAAAAUCAACGCACCGAAGCCGUGUUGCGCCGAGCCUUAAACAUUACAGCUGGUAAUAUUACUCGAAUAUGGGGCAGGAGGAUCUUAUGAACACCGCUGAAGACGUGGCAGACCAGUUCCUGCGGGUAACCAAACAGUACCUGCCCCACCUGGCUCGUCUGUGUCUCAUCAGCACCUUCCUCGAAGAUGGCAUCCGCAUGUGGUUCCAGUGGAAUGAGCAGCGAGACUACAUUGAGGCAACCUGGAACUGUGGCUACUUUCUCGCUACAUGCUUUGUGCUGCUUAACCUCAUUGGACAGCUCGGUGGUUGUGUCCUCAUCCUCAGUAGAAAUUUUGUACAGUAUGCCUGCUUUGGACUAUUUGGGAUCAUAGCGCUACAGACUGUUGCAUACAGCAUUUUAUGGGACCUUAAAUUUUUGAUGAGAAACCUGGCCCUUGGAGGUGGUCUGCUGCUGCUACUGGCUGAAUCUCGUUCAGAAGGAAAAAGCAUGUUUGCUGGAGUCCCCUCCAUGGGAGAGAGUUCACCGAAGCAGUACAUGCAGCUGGGCGGUCGAGUACUCUUGGUGCUCAUGUUCAUGACCCUGUUACACUUCGACUCCAGCUUCUUCUCUAUACUGCAGAACAUGGUGGGGACAGCUCUCAUCAUCCUGGUGGCCAUUGGUUUCAAAACCAAGUUAGCAGCACUGACCCUCGUAGUGUGGCUUCUGGCUAUCAACUUCUACUUCAACGCUUUCUGGACCAUCCCCGCCUACAAGCCCAUGCACGACUUCCUCAAGUAUGACUUCUUCCAGACCACGUCAGUCAUUGGAGGCCUGCUGUUGGUGGUGGCUCUUGGGCCUGGUGGAGUGUCCAUGGAUGAGAAAAAGAAAGAGUGGUAGGCAUAGGAAGCACAGCAUCACUAACUUCCCCUGCCAGCUGGGACAAAAAGACCCUCCCCCUCCAGUUCACCAGGGUACAUAGUUGUUGUUUUUUGUUUUGUUUUUUUAAAUUUGUUUGCUAAAUCCAGAGACGCCACCUCAGCCAUCAUCGGACUUUUUUUCUUUCCCCACCUGCUGAUUUAGGUUUGUUUUUUUUUUUAAAUUAGUGUUUUGUUUUUUUUAAACUUCCUUUUCUCGUGACGGCAACGAUAAAUGCCCAUGUAGUUCAGAGUGCAAACAACCCCCAAAAACCAGCGAAUAGCAAAUGGAGGAAAAGAUUUAUCUAUUCUGUGUGCACAAGAAGAAAAGGGUUUAUUUUACAGGUGUUACAUGUUUAGUUAGAACUGGUUAACUGCAGCAGUUUGGGGUUUCCAGUGGAUGGCGACCUUUCCUGACCAUUGCAUCGUUGCCGCCUGGGAACUUGGUAUUGAUCGAAAACAAUUUUGCUCUCCAGGUUUGUUUUUCCCCCGUUAGCCACUCUUGUCUCUCUUCCAUCCGCACCAUCAGUCUCAAUAGACUGAUGACUCCUGUUCAUGGGGAGUCAAAACCGGGUGGGAUGUGCAUAUUGUAUACUAAGUGUUGGAUUGCACUUGUGUUUUUUCAACACAGAUAUUAGCUCCAGGACUUGUUAAUGGGCACUUUGUACUGUACGUCUUUGGCAAAUGCCUAACUAGUGAACUGUUAUACAAUCAGAGAUAAAAGCAGGGGGGGAGACUCAUCGUUUGUGAAACACCAUAUUCUGCGACCUAGGAAAAGCAAAGAGGACUAAGCAGAGUCACUAGCCACCUGGACUUGGUCUUUGCUCAGUGUUUUUUGCCCUGUGUAAGGAAAAUCUAAAAAAAAAAAAAAAAAAAAUCUGUGUAUUAAUUUUCAGAAGUUUAUAUUGUAUUUUUGAUCAUCUUUUGUUUUGUUUUUUCUUUUGAUUUUGAAAUUUCAUGGCGAAGAAAUAAAAAUUCA